AUGCCAACUAGAUUACCAGAAAUUCAUGAUUUUGGUAAACUUGACACCCUUUUGCAGACUGGUUCAAGAAAUUCUGGGAAAAUAUUGUUGUUGAGCCAAAUGAAAAUGGUGUUUCUUAUAAAACAAUUGGGCAUCCCAAACAGAAUAACACAAGGAGAUAGACAAAAUUUUCAAACUGUACUUUUCAGCAAUAGAUAUAAAAAUAAACCAAAAAAUGUGCGCAUAUAUAAAACAAGCACUCAGCUAUAUUGGAAAGAUAGUUUAGAAUCCCUUCGAAAAG